AUGCCUCCCGUACCCCCUCAGCGUAGACACUUGUCCUAUGAAGACCCGUCGCUUUCAGACGAAGAUGUCGGCCUUCUCUAUCAAGUUAUCACCCGCGCUGAGCGAGACUCAGAGGUGGAGCGCCUUCCAUACAGAGUGCUAUUCAGAGCGUACGAUGAAGUCAUCGCAGAACAUGGCGUGGAUCCAGACCCACGCUAUGCCUGCUUGCGCUUCUUACUCAAGAUGGGGAGCAAGAAUAUCUUAGGCGAUUCCCUCUUUGAGAAAUUCGAGAACCUACUUGAACGGAUGGGAAUAGUCAUUGAAUUUGGUGAAGACGAAGAUGAAGGCAAUGACACUUAUGCGGACAGUGUGCCUUCAACAGAUGGCCGGCUCAAAGCGAAGGUCGAUCGCGACACCACUUAUAGAGAAAGCACUACACAGCCCACCCCAAGGAGGCGAGCAUCGUUCAAUUCCAUGUAUGAUGUUGGUGAUGACCCUACGCAAAGGAGUUUCGCCAAUCGCCCAAGUUCGCGCUCUUCCUUGUCCCGCCUGCCAAUGGACAAACCCGAAUUCUCUAGUACCAAGCCGUCACCAAAGCGCGCACUCUCGAAGCAGGCUGAUUCAACUGACAGAGCUCAGCUGAUUGCACAGUUUCUAGAUGUUGGACGCCGCCUUAUGAAUAAAAUGGAUCUUUUGGAUAAAGAUACGGAUAGGCGAAAUACCGAAGAUCAUGUCUCUAAUGGAGUGCAUGCUAGGUCUGCUGUUGAUCGAGAUCGCUCAAAGAGGAUAGCCAAAGCCUCCCGGUCGCGUACACGACACUCAUUAAGCUCAGAAGGCUCUGAUGGAGAUACAGAGAGUUCAUCCGUAUCGGCUGAAGGUGACGACUCUGUAGAGAAGCCCGAAGUUCCGCCGGAAUUGCUGUAUAGACCAUCGCUCUCCGAUUUGCUACGCGAUGCGUCAACAUUUAACAUGUAUCGUCAACGUGCUAUUAACCGGCGGCUACUUACACAAUGGUUGAAGAAAGCCAUCCAAACUCGACAAAGCCAUCAGCAUAUGGAAGUGGUUGCCAUCAAUCGCGACAGAGGCACGCUUCUUCGUCAAGCUUUCGAGACAUGGCAUUCAAUCAUUAAAACACAACGGCGAGCAGCACAAACCGACCGCUUUUUUAAACAUCUAGAGGAGCGCGCUUCCCGGGCCCGCGAUCUCUACCUCGUGACUAAAGCUUUUACCCACUGGGCGCAGGUCGCUUCGGAAGAAGUAGCAAGAACUUCUGCAGCGCGAAAACAUGUUUUAAGUGUUAAAUACUUCAACGCCUGGCGCGAAAUAACAGCUGUUAACGAGUUGAAAGCCCAGAGAUUCGCAUUACGGCGACCAUUCAAUAUCUGGAAGAGGAAGGUCGAUCAUAUAAGGGAGUCGGAGAAAGAGGUGACUGUUGCCUAUGACAAGAAACUAUUACACGGCAUGUAUUGGAGAUGGUUCUGGUCUUUCUGCGAACGGCGUGCUCCCCAAUGGUAUGACUACUGCCUCAAGAGGCGGUCGUUGUUGUAUUGGCUGCGGAAGUUCCGAACAAACAGAGAGCGCAAUCAUGAGAUAGAAGUCAAGAGCAAACAUCUGGCUCUUAGUUCAGCGUGGCAAGUGUGGUCCCGAAGGUCUAAAGCGAUCGCUGCUGGCAAACAGGAGGUAGCAAUCAAGCAGCGUCAACACCUUCUACAUAAAACUCUUGGAGAAUGGAAAAUCCAAUCCCAUCUUGCCCCUGCCGCUUCUCGUGUGUCUGGCAUGGUUGAUCGACGAAUCCUCCAAACCGCAUAUGUUCAGUGGAUAAAGCGGAUCCGAAUGCUGCAGCACGCAAGAGAAAUGAACCGUCUGAGAAUCCUACGUAACUCGUGGACAACUUGGAAUGACCUGCUUCGCUGUCAGGCCCUCAGUGCGCGGAUUGAAGAACGGCUGAAAAUCGAAACGAUGUAUAAAUGGAUAUUGGCGGAGAGAUUCUCUCUUAUGCAGCGGAUUCGAGAUCAACGGAUCACGCGCGAGGUGUUCUCCAGAUUUGUAACCAAUGUCCGUCGAACCUACACUCGUCUACUUGACCAUGCCGAAGUACACGAAGAUCGCCGGAAUGAAGAGCUGUUAAAGGCCAAGCUAAUCUGUUGGCGCAAUCAGUUCGCGCUUCAGCGUCACCGAGAAUUCGUUGCCUUUGAAUUCUAUGCACCACGACUGCUUCAAGAGUCGCUGAUAGCCUGGCGAUCGAAAUCACAGCACGCGGUCAAACUCGAAGGAUGGGCUAGCAAUGCGCAGUUCUACUUUACGGCUACGAAGACACUGAAAAAGUGGCAUGCAGCAACAUUGGAGUCCUCUAAGCGGCGCCGCCAAGCAGCUUAUGCGACGACACGAAGAAAGAUCAAGAUGAACCUUGCUGCGAACGCUCUGGAAAACUGGCGCGCGAGGGCCCAUGAUGUAUUCGAUAUGGAUCAACAGGCCUUGCAAUUUAGCCGAAGAAAAUCACUGAGCAUUGUGGCUGAACUCCUGCAACGAUGGCAUGACCAAACUGCAAAGCGAACUCAAGAUAAUCAUGAAGCUGAAGUCUACCAUUCGCGAAGAGUCGCUUACGACCAGUUGAUACGAUUAGCAGAGGCCUUAUUGGAAUGCCACCGUCUAAAUCAGCAAGCAGAUAGUAUGUAUCGCGUACAUAUCUUGGGGCAGGCAAACGUUUGCCUGCGCAGGCUUAGUCUCCGUGUCUUCCAAAUCAGAAGCACCAAUGAGACAGCGGAGGCCAUGAAAGAGAGGAAUUUGAGACGGCAUUCAAGAAGUAUGUUCCGCCACUGGUUGGAGAAGUUGAGAAUGAACCUUGAGGCUCGGGAUUCUUCGAGGCCUCUCGUUACCCCUGCACGAAACUUCGACGGCCCAGCUGGGAACCUUAGAACAAAUCGAUCUGUAUUCGACCCUUGGUAUCAAACCGAGACACCUUUCAAAUCCAACGACUUUAUUGCGGAUACCCAGAAUGUCUCGACAACUCCAUUGACCACCCCUAACUACCUGACCUCGCCAUCCAAGCGGGCCGUACGGGCAAGGGCACUCGCACAGGUCUCUACGACUCCUGCGACACCAUUAUACACGCCGUUCGCCAGUCGACUUUUGCGUGCAGGAGCUACGGCACCAAGAUCUGGCUCCCACCCACGGACCCGCAACGGUCGGGGCAGUUCUCUGGGCACGAGCGUUCGGUUCGUGGACCAGGAGCCAGAAUCACCUACGGACGCUAGAAGGUCCGCCAACCGACGAAUCUAG